CCUCAGCGUGGCCAUCAUCUUCAGCACCACGGCCGCCUGCAUCAUGAACCGACGGCGCGCCGCACGCAUCCGGAAACGGCAGCGAGAUCCACCGCUUGUCUUCUCCCCCAGCAAGAAGCUCCCAGCUGCGCACCCUUCUCACGCCUCUGAUAGCCCACCCAGCACAGCCAAGCUAAAGCUGCAGCCCUCCCCGUGCCCCAGCCUGCGCCGGGCUCUGCUAUGGGGCGAGAAGGCAGGCACCAGCCUGGGGCUGAGCAUCGCGGGGGGGUCCGGUGCCGGAUACACCCUCUAUGAGAGCCACGUUGGGGAACACGUCCCGCUGGAGCGCAUCCGCCGCGGCCCCGACG